AUGCCUGGCCUGCGUGGUGACGGGUGUGUUGUUGGCCGUGAGGUGAAAAACACCUUCAUUCACGUGGACGACGGCGAGCUUGUGUCUCGACCCAAAUCUCAGCAAAUCGCGCGGAACUGCGAAAAAAAGCAGAGGGGUCCUUUUGAAGCUGAGCGCGCAAGCAAGCACCGUGGUGUGCUUGAUGAGGAGUGGUGGGAUCCCACCCGCCCACUACGACGCAGCACGAGCUGCCCAGGUCGCCUGGAGGCGCGGUCCACGUCCUGGAGAGCCCCAAGAAGAGCCAAGAAGCUUCUAGGCCUGAGCCGGUGCUGCGCUCAGCGCUGCAAAGCACUCGUGCUUCUUACCAUUCUCCUGUUGGGGUCUCGCGCUCGCCGCCCCGAAGGAAUGUUUCGGGGCUUGGGCAUGGAUGUUGCCAUUCAGCAUCCAACAGCUCCGGAGGUGCUGGAUUUGAAGCCCUCUGUCUGGGAUGACUCUACUGACGUCGAGGCCCUGCCUGCGCUUGGCCCGCAGCCUUUAGAGCCUGCUCAGCACGUGUAUGUUUGGCAGGAGGCAGCAUCGAAGGACUCAACACCGAAUGAGGAAGCCUCGAACAUGGAACGGAAUCUGCUCCUACACCAGCUUGGCACCUGUCGGCCAUGCUCCUACUACUACUUCAAGGAGGAUGGUUGUCGAAAUGGUGAUGACUGUGAGUUCUGCCACUUCUGCUCUCCAGCGGCCGUCAAAGAGAGCAAGCGACGUUUUAAGCGCGACGCCCGGCGAGAGAAGCGGGCCGCCCACCUGGAGGCAGCCCGCGAGGCGGCCCAGGAGCAGGGAUCUGAGCCGCCGGUCGGCCCACCAUACUUGCGGCGGAUGCGUGGCAGCCGGGGGAGGACGGCUUCCAAGUCAGCCCAGCAGCCGUAG